AUGGCGUCCGACGAAGGUCAAUUCGCCCCCUACCGUUUCCCUCCCCACCCAGCCUUCUCACCCACCUUUACUCAUUUCGACCGCGAUUCGAGCGAGACGAUGGUCGAGUCGCCCACUACGCCCAACCCCUUUCUGGGGAAGCGGCGGAGAUCGAGUGCCUCACAUCAUACCGCACGUAGCAAGGAGAUUGAAGAGGAGGAAACGGACCGUGAUAGUGUAGGCGACGAGCCGAGCACAUCUCGAGAAGGACAGGUGCAACCCCAAGUAGUCAGCAGGCCUGAGAAGCCCUAUUCCAUCUUCACCCGCAAAGAGAAAUGGUUCAUUGUGUUCAUGACCGCUGUGGCCGGCUUCUACUCUCCCCUCUCAGCGAAUAUCUACUUCCCCGCAAUUCCCAUUCUCUCCGAAGCGUUCCAAGAGCCCAUCGAGCUCAUCAAUGUCACCGUCACUGUGAACAUGCUCUUCCAGGGCAUAUCCCCGAUGCUCUGGGGCAGCUUAGCCGACUCCCAACACUGCGGCCGGCGCCCAGUAUAUCUGGCAUGCUUGCUGCUACUCACCCUUUCCUGCAUCGGUCUUGCCCUCACGCCCACGAGCGCCUACUGGCUGCUCGUCUUCCUCCGGUGCUUCCAAGCCGCUGGAUCGUCACCCGUGAUCGCCCUAGGAGCGGGGACGAUCGUGGACAUCGCAACGAGUGCCGAGAGAGGUGGGUUCCUGGGCUUGUUCAAUGUGGGGCCAAUGAUUGGGCCGUGUAUUGGCCCUGUGAUUGGAGGGCUGUUAGCAGACCAGAUGGGCUGGAGAUCUGUUUUCUGGUUCCUCGCCAUCGCCUCGGGCGUUGCUUUCAUCUUCGAAUACCUCCUUUUACCGGAAACACUCCGCACGAUCGUAGGCGACGGUUCAGCCCCCCCACCCAAACUGAACCGUCCCCUCAUCCCCAUCCUCGGCCGUGGUCGCAAGUCCGACCCUUCUUCUCCCGCCUCAGUGCCAGAGAAAGCUACCUCACACCACACGCCCCUCACCGUUCUCCGGCUCUUCCGCAACCCGGACCUGUGCCUCGUCCUCGUCUCCACCGCCAUCCCUUACUCCGUUUUCUACGGCGUGAUCACGACGAUGUCCCCUCUGUUCCUACAAAACUAUCCGUGGCUGACGGAGAGCGAUAUCGGCCUAUGCUACCUUGCGAACGGCGGUGGCUGCCUACUGGGGAGCUUCACGGUGGGCAAGAUGCUCGACUGGGAAUGGCAACGCGUUCGCCGUUCUUUUGCUGCGAAAGGUCAGCUAGAAGACGGCGGCAGCGGGGCAAAGGGAGGCGUUCCCGUCGAAUACGCUCGACUCCGCACCACCCCACUGUUCUGGGGCGCAGCGGCGACCUGUGUGCUAUUGUAUGGCUGGCUUACCAAGGCCAGGGUGCACAUCGGCGUGCUUCUGCUCUUCCAAUUCCUCAUCGGUUUCCUCAUAACCGCCCUGUUCAACAUCAACCAAACACUGCUCAUGGACCUGUUCCCUCAGCAUGGUGCUGGUGUCACAGCGUGCAACAAUCUUGUGCGGUGUUUGACGGGAGCGACAUUCGUCUCCAUCGAGAACUACAUCCUUGACGGCGUCGGACCAGGCUGGGGAUUCACGAUCUUUGCGGCUAUGAUCGUCGCUACAUAUCCUGCGAUGCUAGUGGAGUGGAAGCAUGGGAAGAAAUGGCGGAAGGCGCGGGAAGAGAGGGAGCAGAAGAAGGGCGUGGAGAGGGAAAAGAAGAGAGUGCAGAAGGAGAGAGAGAUCGAGAAACGGGAGGGGGAGAUGUACGAGCUUACCCAGCGGUAA